UAUUUUUAUAGUUAAAUAGGAAGAAUUUAAGAGUAAUAAAUCUCAACGUAUCAUGUAGCACAUAGCUGAAAAGAAAAAAAAUUAAAUUUAAGGGUGCAAACCGUGUAUAUCUCAUAUUAUUGAUACAUUUUAAAAGUAUCAUUUAGUCUAAGUGUGAAAUGAGUUAGUUUCAAAAGGUCCAACUCAAAUUUAGAAAAAAACAAAGAGAAGGAGAAGAAAAAAAAAAAAAAAAAAAAAUUGAAGAAAAGAAAGAGAAGGAAAUGAAAAACAAUAAGAUCGUUAAUGUCCGUAAAUAUGUGGAAACUACAAAGCAUUGACUUGAUAGUUUAAUUUUUCUAAAAUUAAACAAAAUAAGGGUAAUUGGGAUGAGUUGGGCAAUUUAAUUGGUAUAGGCAUUUUUAUUUAUUCGGUAAAAAAAUAAUAAUAAAAAAUAAAAUAAGAUUAUAUUGAACAGAAAAUUGGAGUUUUAAAACUAAAAUAGAAGAAAUUAGAGAAAAAUAAUUAAAAAAAUUGAAUAAAAAUUUUCUCUCAUUCUAAUUCUAGGAUUCCAAUUCUAUACCCUGAAUAAUUGAAAAUGAAAAAUAAUUUUAAAGCUGAGAAAAUAGGGUGAAUAAUAUAACCAUGUAAGGCGACCACCCACACUUGAUUCUUCAUAUAUAGACGUCUUGGUACAACUGCUCGAUCAUCAUCAUCAUCCACUAUGUCCAAUAAUCUUGGUCCCUAACUCCAACAAUGUCUCGAAUCAUCAAUUGCUCAAAGGGUGUAAACUCGGCACUAUUAGGCUUCUUCUUAACCAUUACAUACUCUAAUCAGCAGAUACCCAACACCUGCUCGAGCUCAAAAAAUGCCGCUGGUCUGUGUGCCCACUAUCUGCUCGAUUAAAUGCCUCAAUCAGACUCCCUUUAGCAGCCAUUCCUAUGAUGGCAUGGCGCCAAUUAUGAAAUUGUAGUGACACCUUCUAAAGAAGAGUCCACUACAUUAAUGAACAGGAUGGCUAUCUUUUAAAUCUUAGUUCUUGGAUGAAUUAUUUAUUUAUUUUUUAUGAUCUUCUACAUGCCAUGUUUAAUUAUUUAAGGAUUCGUUUCGACAUGAAUGCUAAUUCUUCUUAUUUUAGUUUAAGCUCUCGUUCUAGUUUAAUUUGAGGAUUUCUUUGUGAUGGAUCAUCUUCUAUUCUUUGUUAUCUACAUGAUCAUGUGAUACCAAGGGUCUCGAGCAGCUUAUUUAUAAAUACACACACACACACAUAUACUCCUCAUGCAGCUCAUGCUUUCCUGCUUUCAACUUCCUUCUAUAUUGUUUAAUUCCCCAAAUUCAAUAUUUUUAAAAGGGUGUUGCCCCUUGCUAUAUUUGCUCAAUCAUGCGUAAAUGCAUGCGUUAAUGAAACUUGGAGUACUAGCACAUGCAGAGUUCAACUUGAACAUUAGUUAACAUUUGAAAAAAAACACAAAAACUUGAACAGAAUUUGAAAACAUUGCAUUGCCCUGCAACAGGAAUAUACAUACAUACAUAUAUAUAUAUAGUUUCCUAAUGGAUCUUCAUGUUUUGACAUAUCUACUCAAUCUAAUUUUCUAUCAGGUUUACCACUCUUUAGGUGUGUCUCUACAAAUAGUCCACAAUCUCUAUAACUGUUUCUCAUGUAAUUUUGGUACCUUCAGACUUCUGAUAAACGUACUCUUCUUGCCACAGAGGAGGCCUUUGUGGAAUCCCUUUAAAAGGUUAUGGGAGCUGCUGUCAAUCUGGUGGACUAUAUUUGCUUUUGGAGAUUCGUUGACAGACAAUGGAAACAACAACCACCUAAAUUCUUUAGCUAAAGCAAACUACGUGCCUUAUGGUGUUGAUUUCUAUGAAGGACCUUCCGGGAGAUUCUGUAAUGGAAGAACCAUCAUAGAUUAUCUAGGAGAUUUGUUGGAACUUUCUUAUGUUCCAGCCUUUGCAAACCCUUCCGCUACAGGAAGAAACAUUCUCAGGGGAGUAAAUUAUGCUUCAGCUGCGGCAGGAAUACUUGAUGAGACAGGACAACAUUUAGGUGAACGGUUCAGCUUAAGGCAACAAGUUCAAAAUUUUGAAAGCAGCUUGAGUGAAUUGAGGAACCAAAUGAGGGAGGAGAAAGAAUUGAGCCAAUAUUUGGCCAAGUCCUUAGUUGUAAUGAUUCUUGGUGGCAACGACUACCUCAAUAACUAUCUUCUUCCUUCUUUAUAUCCCACUAGUUAUGUUUACAAUCCUAAAGACUAUGCCAAUCUUCUCAUAGACCACUACACAAGACAAAUCAUAUAUCUGUAUAAUUUAGGACUGAAAAAGUUCUUUUUGGGAGGAGUUGGACCACUUGGUUGCAUUCCAAACCAGCUAGCAACUGGUCUUGCUUCACCGGGGAAGUGUGUAUCAUUUGUGAAUGAUAUGGUUGGAAUGUUUAACAUGCGGCUAAAAUCUGUUGUUGAUCAGCUCAAUACAAAGUACCCAGACGGAAUCUUUAUUUAUGGCAACACUUUCGGAGCAUUCAGUGACAUACUUGACAACGCUACUGCUUACGGAUUUAAUGAGAGUGAAAGAGGGUGUUGCGGUAUUGGAAGAAAUAAAGGACAGAUAACUUGCCUUCCAUUUUCAGUUCCAUGCUUGAAUAGGAAGCAGUACGUGUUCUGGGACGCCUUCCAUCCAACGCAAGCUGUUAAUCAAAUUCUUGCUCAAAGAGCUUACACCGGUCCACCUUCUGAUUCUUACCCAAUCAAUGUAAAACAAAUGGCACACAUAUAACUCUUUACAUGCAUUAUUGAAAAUUAUGUACCAAUAUGCCUUAUGUGAUGAUGAUCUUUCAUGAUUUAUCUGGAAUCACAAAAAUGGACAAUACUUGUGCAAAGUACAUUAAACAUAUAUUAUCUUACAUGUCUAAUG